AUGAAAGAUUGUUCUUUAAAAGGAAAUGAAGAAAAGAAUUUUGCCAGCAAAGUCGAAGAAUAUCUUGCGAAAGAUAAGUUUUUGUGGAAUUUUCGCCCUAAUCUUACACUGAUAAAUUAUACUCAAAAGCCACUGAUAUGGAUUCAAACAACUUUCAGUGAUAGCAGAAAAGCAGCAACAAGAAUAAAAGAAUAA